AAACCGGAAGUUGUGUCUUGAAACAAUCAAGCUUGUGGCAGAUUGUGGAUGUUGAAGAAGCCUGUAGGCAGAAUAUUAGUGACCCACAGACUCUCCGCUAAGGAAUGAUUAUAGCAUACUGUCUUGAUUAAAUAGCGUUGAAUACAAUUUGAAAAAUAUUUGCCUUAAACAAGCCUUAAUUUUCAUCGGACAGCAUUUUUACAACGCAGGAAUCAGAUACCACCUCAAUGGAAAUAUCGUCAUGAUGAUUUUUCACUCAUGAGCUGCUGUCACUGGAUAACUCAGCUAGGAUAGCCUGGAGUAAAAACAAUUUUUCAUCUCGUUUUGCUGCUUUGAUAUUGUCGCAGUGAAGAAAUUAACCACAAACGCAUGGUGCUGUGAUAUAUACUCUUAUUGAACUGUAGGGAUAGUGGACCGACGCCACACGGGCACAGCAACCGCUCUGUGAUGGAUAAUGCCCAUACUAAGACGGUGGAGGAGGUUUUGGGCUUCUUCAGCGUAAAUGAGUCUACAGGUUUGAGCUGUGAGCAGUUGAAGAAGAACAGGGAGCGAUGGGGACCUAACGAAUUACCAGCUGAGGAGGGAAAGUCACUCUGGGAGCUGGUCCUGGAACAGUUUGAGGAUCUGUUGGUUCGGAUCUUACUGCUCGCUGCGUGCAUCUCCUUUACUUUGGCUUGGUUUGAAGAAGGGGAGGGGACCAUCACAGCCUUUGUUGAACCCUUCGUCAUCCUUCUCAUCCUCAUUGCUAACGCUAUUGUGGGAGUAUGGCAGGAGCGUAACGCAGAAAAUGCCAUUGAGGCUCUAAAGGAGUAUGAGCCGGAGAUGGGGAAGGUUUACCGACAGGACAAGAAGAGCGUCCAAAGAGUCAGAGCCAGAGACAUUGUCCCUGGAGACAUUGUGGAAGUCGCUGUAGGGGAGCGCUUAAUUCCCAGCGACAUCAGGCUGACGUCCAUGUCGCUCCACCACCCUGAGGUGGACCAGUCCAUUCUGACGGGGGAGUCUGUGCAUGCUCAACACACAGAUCCUGUACCUAUCCACGAGCCUGUCAACCAGGACAAGAAGAACAUGCUCUUUUCUGGGGAAACCAACAUUGCAGCUGGACGAGCCAUUGGAGUCGUCGUAGCAACAGGAGUGCAGACAGAGAUUGGUAAAAUCAGAGAUGAGAUGGCGUCAACUGACCCCGAAAGAACCCCUCUGCAACAGAAACUGGACCAGUUUGGAGAACAGCUGUCAAAGGUGAUCAGUGUGAUCUGUGUGGCAGUGUGGGCAAUAAACGUUGGACACUUUAAUGACCCAGUGCAUGGAGGCAGCUGGCUGAGAGGAGCUGUUUACUACUUCAAGAUCGCCGUCGCUCUGGCUGUAGCUGCCAUACCAGAAGGUCUCCCAGCAGUCAUCACCACCUGUCUGGCUUUGGGUACGAGGAGGAUGGCGAGGAAGAAUGCCAUCGUCCGCAGCCUGCCGUCAGUAGAAACCCUGGGUUGUACAUCAGUUAUCUGCUCAGACAAGACAGGAACACUGACAACCAAUCAGAUGUCUGUCUGCAGGCUUUUUGUCAUGGACAGUGUUUCAGGAGAGCGCUGCAGACUGAGCGAGUUCUCAGUGACAGGAUCUACUUAUGCCCCAGAAGGGGAAGUUUAUAAAGAUGGCUCAGUAGUGAAGUGCAGCCAGUAUGAAGCUGUGGAGAUGGCUUCCAUCUGUGCACUGUGUAAUGACUCAUCACUGGACUACAAUGAGGCAAAGGGUGUGUUUGAGAAGGUGGGGGAGGCCACAGAGACUGCCCUCUGCUGUCUGGUGGAGAAAAUGAACGUGUUUGACACCGACUUAAGAGGACUGAGCCCGGCUGAAAGAGCUACAGCAUGCUGCUCUGUGAUAAAGCAGCUGAUGAAGAAGGAGUUAACACUCGAGUUCUCCAGAGACAGAAAGUCGAUGUCUGUCUUCUGCUUGUCUAAUAAACUCACCCGGUCGGCAUCUGGAGCCAAAAUGUUCGUCAAGGGAGCUCCAGAGAGUGUGUUGGAGCGGUGUAACUACAUCCGGGUCAGUGGCUCUGCUCGUGUGCCUUUGACCCCGGCGGUUCGGGAGCAGCUCCUGACCACUGUGAGGGAAUGGGGAUCAGGCCGAGACAUGCUGCGCUGCCUCGCAAUGGCAACCAGGGACACGCCACCGGAUAUCAACUCCCUGAACCUGGAGAACUCAGCUAAAUUUUCAGACUAUGAGUCUGAUCUAACCUUUGUGGGCUGUGUGGGCAUGUUGGACCCCCCGAGGAAAGAGGUGCUGUGUGCCGUCCGAAUGUGUCGACAGGCAGGCAUACGAGUCAUCAUGAUCACAGGGGACAAUAAAGGCACCGCCCUGUCUAUCUGCCGCAGGGUGGGCAUCAUUACAGAGCAAGAGGAGGAGCAGGAAAGCUCAGGGAUCAACGGUGGCCUUACAGGGAGAGAGUUUGAUGAGCUUCCUCCCAGCAUGCAGCGGCAGGCUUGCAGAACUGUCAGGUGCUUCGCCAGAGUCGAACCAGCACACAAGAGUCGCAUCGUGGAGUACCUGCAGAGCCUGAGUGACAUCACAGCUAUGACGGGUGAUGGGGUGAACGACGCUCCGGCGCUGAAGAAGGCGGAGAUCGGCAUCGCCAUGGGCAGCGGCACAGCAGUGGCGAAGUCGGCCUCAGAGAUGAUUCUGGCAGACGAUAACUUCUCUACUAUCGUGGCUGCUGUGGAGGAAGGCAGAGCAAUCUACAACAACAUGAAGCAGUUCAUCAGAUACCUGAUCUCUUCCAACAUUGGAGAAGUUGUCUGUAUUUUCUUGACAGCGGCUCUCGGCAUGCCUGAAGCUCUGAUCCCAGUUCAGCUGUUGUGGGUCAACCUGGUCACGGAUGGUUUCCCAGCCACGGCUCUGGGCUUCAACCCUCCUGACCUGGACAUCAUGUCCCGCCCACCUCUCCCCAAAGAGCCUCUUAUCUCUGGCUGGUUGUUCUGCCGUUACCUUAUCAUCGGAUGUUACGUCGGCGCAGCAACUGUCGGAGCGGCUGCCUGGUGGUUCAUGGCAGCUCAUGAUGGACCCAAACUUUCCUUCUAUCAGCUGUCCCACUACCUGCAAUGCAGUGAAGGCCACGCCGAGUUUGCAGGCGUUCAGUGUUCGGUCUUUGAGUCUCCUUACCCCAUGACCAUGGCCCUGUCUGUCCUGGUUACCAUAGAGAUGUGCAACGCCCUAAACAGUCUCUCAGAGAAUCAGUCUCUGCUGAAAAUGCCGCCUUGGUCAAAUCCCUGGCUAGUGGGCGCUAUCUGUCUGUCCAUGGCUCUGCACUUCCUCAUCCUUUAUGUCGACCCUCUACCGGUGAUAUUUCAGAUCCGCCCUCUGUCAUGGCCUCAGUGGGUGGUGGUGCUGAAGAUGUCAAUCCCCGUCAUCCUGAUGGACGAGGUGCUCAAGUUCCUUGCUCGUAACUACAUUGAGCCAGGAAGCCAGGUCCAGUCACUGGAAGAGGAGGAGGAGGAGCUGCAGAGGACGAGGGCGAGCCCCGGGUUGGCAGGUGCAGUGAUGUCGAGGCUACGCCAGUCUGUGAAAGGCGUGUCCUGGUCGUUCGUCCUGAUCUCUGCGCCACUGGUGAUCUGGAUCUUCAGCCUGGACUCUGACAUCACCAACAUCUUCUGGGAGUGAUGAGGGAAAAGAAAGAACAGGAAGACUGUGGUGGUGGCCAGGAGCGAUGAAAAGAACAAGGAGAAAGAAGACCAAAAGGCAGAGGAUUAUGCGAUGUAGUGAAGAUUGGUGAGGCACAGUGAGAAGCAUUUAAGGAUGGUUAACUGCUUUGUGAAGAUGAAAGAAUGUUAGAGAAGCAGAGGAAAAUAUUUUGCCACCAGACAAUCAGGAAACAACAUGACAGACCUGAUUAUGAAUCUAAAAGGUGCUAUGUGUAGCUGAACAUCUCUGUCAAAUUCAGGAUCAGAUUUUAUUUAAAUCUCACAGCUCGCUCAGAUUUGUAUCAUCUGAACACAAAUUUUUAUCUAUGGGGUGCCAAAAUUAGUCCCUGACAACGUCCUAUGAGGCUGUAUGUGAAUGCUAAUACAACAUGCUAAUCCCUCCAUUCUGAAUUAGUGAGGUUAUAUUAUAUAUAUACAUUAGUGUCAAAAUUACAGUACACAAAGAUAUAACUAUUCUUUAUUUUAUGAUUCAGAAAAAAUAUCCUAAAUACUUCUAUAUUCCUAAAAUUGAGUAUCCUUAAAUAAUCAGUUUAAAAUAACUUAAUUUAAUUGAUUAGAUUUGUGUUAAACAUGCAAAGAAUUAAAGAAGAGGCUCAAUUUGUGUUGUGCUUAAAGUCCCUACCACUAGAUGACAAUGAAGAAAGUUACCUAUAUUUAUUUCACUCCACCCUAACGUAACAUAGCAUAUGAAACAGUAAAAAAAACUUUAUUAUUAUAACACAAUACAUAGGCUUUAAAUUAAGACAGAAAUUAAAAUAAUUAAAGUGUUACCCCUGUGUCAUUAAACGUAGUAUAAUAUGUUUUUGAUGUACUGUAUAGAAAUUCAGCAUUCACUUUAAACUGUUUAUUCAGCCCUGGAGUGUACAAUGUAAACACAUUCCUUCAUAGGUUGUCAUUUUAAAAAAAAAUACUAUUUCCCACUCUGAUUUUAUCAUUUGACCUUCCUUCAAGUCAACUGAGUUGUAAAAACUUUUUGUGAGAUCUUCUCUAAGUUAGUGUACAAAGCAGAAUCCAAUCAGUUUGUGAUAUUCGACACAGGGGCAUGCCUGUCAGUCAAUACACGUUGAUGAAGGCUGCCAUUGUGUACCCUCUGUCAUCGCUCCUCCAGUUUCUAUUCUCUGUCCUCUUUCCUUCCCCCUCUGAGCCACAAUAAGAGCCAUGGUUUGCUACUACUUCCCAUUCAGCCGAGGACUGAGGAGACAUCAUUUUAAAGAACUGAGAGGUAGGGGUAUAAUGCACGAAACAAGGCUUAAAGUGAUUUUUGAACAUCACACAGUUUGUCCAGCAGAGGGCACUCUCUGACUCUGACUUAAUUGUUCACUGAGCACUGUCUGCAGCAUUUUGUAGCAGAGCAUCAUAGCUGAGCAGGCCUAACCACAAUUGUUAAACAUUGUGUAUUGAUGUUAAAGGUACAGUUAAAGAAGUCCCUUACUGGUAAGUUUGGGGAUAGAAACGUGUUCUAUUAGUUUCAAAAUCUGAAAGUCAAAGCUUUAAGUCUUAUCGGUUCUAUGACAAAGUUAUAUAUCAAGUUGCCAUGUCAUUUAAAUCAAUCACCGGUGCACCAACAUACAUGGGUCCUCUGAUAAGGUUUCCCCAGUAAAGUUGCCAGCCAGCAGGUAUUAAAGUACACAACAAAUAAGUCUAGUGGCCAGUUGCUUGUGUGGAUAGCUGGACUGCAAGGAAGUCUAAAGUUUGGCCACAUUUUACUAAGCAAAGAUAAGGAGGAAGCAAAAUGUUCAUGAAAAAGUUUAUGUUGCAAAAUGAAAACACUGGUGUAAGUACAUCAUAACAUUUGAUUACCCCAUAACGGCCUGUGAAAGACAUAUUGAUGACAAAAUGCUACCCAUAGCACCUUCUCAGAUUGAACUGUCUAGUUUGAAAAUGAUGUGUAUUGAAAGAGGGAAGAGGGAAGCCCUGAGUGGUACAGAAUCAAACACGCACACAUGCACAUAAACACACCACCCAAUGUAACAUCAACAUUGUAAUUCACCAGUAAUAAUAUAACAACAAUAAGUGCUCAGUGACAUAAAUGAAAUGUACAGUAGAAAUCCUCUUAAGGCCACUGCAACAGUAAAAUCUGAUUAUUGUUCGAGCUUCCCUGUAGAUACUGUAAACAAACACUGAAACCUGCAGACUGUUAGACUGCAUGACAACGCACGUCACACUUUUCUAACAUGUUAAACCCAAGUCUGUAUGACUCUUUAGAAACACACUAUUUUCCUGCAGCAUCCAGGGGUUUGAGUAUGAGCAGAAAAACAAGGUUCAAAAGGUCUGUAAGGUUUGGUUCACUCAUCACAGAAAUGAAAUAUUGAAGACCAGUCACUCUGACCCUCAUCCAGGUUGGUAAGAGAUCAGUUAUUCUAUCUUUUCUUUUUUAGUUUUUACACAGUAGACUAUUUCAGCCUGCAGCCACAAAACAGGCUGUAGUGGCUGCAACUCAAUCCAAAUGUUCCUGCGUUUUUCCCACUUUAUUUUGUGAUUGCAGGAAAAAUCCCUUCAGAAAAUUGAGUGGCUUUGAAGAGAGUGAUGUUAGAUGUUUCUCUUAUACAAGAUGUAUUAUCCUCUUUGACAUAAUGAUCAAUCAGUUAUAAACUCAUCCCGGUUGAGGAUUUAGGACCAAUCUGUCUUUUAUUAUUUUAAAUUGUACACAGUGGUCAAGUGUAUUGCUUAAGCAUGCAGCCACAAAACAGGCUGUAGUGGCUGCAACUCUAUCAUUACUGACAAAAACUUACUGGAUCCAUACAAUCCCUCUUUGAUAGUAAGUUAAUUUUCUGGGACAAGAAGGAGCCUCAGAUUCCAAUGAGUUAAUUUGUAAUGAGGUAUUUUGAGCAGAAAUUAAACAGCAUGUUAAGUCAGAUUUGAGUGUUUAUAAUAACAUCAUGAGCCUGUCAGUGGAAAACGCAAGAACAUUUAGUGGACGUUCUUUGAUCAGGAGCUUCUGAAAUUAUGUAGGUUGCACUCUUUACGGCCUUAUUUGUGACUGCACUCUGAAGCGUAACCUUUUUGACCUUUAAGCCCUUUUUGACCCUUGACACGUAAAAAAAAAGAGAUCCAGGAUAAAUAAGAAAUGCUAUUUUAGCCUGCACACCAGGAUCUGUUUAAUUAGUGGAGACAUUUUGAUUUAAUGAUUCAUUUUCUUGGUCAAAGACAGUAGCGGUUGUUGUCCUUAGUUAAAUUAUUAUCUAUUUAUGUAACUGCUACAUGUAUGGAUAAUAUCAUUCUUAUGUACUGUACUGAACUUUUAUUUAUUACUCUUACUACUCAAGUCACGCAUGAAAACCUUUUUUUUUAUGCCGUUCUUUGCUUUUCUGUUAAGUUUGAGACGCAGGAUUUCAGUCUGUUGUGAUAUACAGACUUCUAAUGUUCAGUCAUGCAGCCUGUUUAUUGUUUUUCAUGAAACGCAUAUGUUAAUAUUAUUUGUUUGUUCAUUGAUGGGAAUCAGUGGCCUGUCUGCCAUCUUCUUCAGUGAUGUGAAAUUUGAUUGCCAUUGAAGGGAUUUUUUAUUUAUGGAUGGUGAUUCAUUUAGUUACAGGGACUCUUGUUUCAUUUCACAUAAGCCAUGAUGACAGAGAUUUAAAGCCACAUUUAUGGGAAAUAAAUCUGAGGUUUGGAGAAAAAAUCCUAAUUUUCUGACAAUAAAAGAAAAUAAACUAAAUUGUGCUUUUUUUCUAACAACUAUUGUUGAUGGUUUUCCCUUUAAGUGGCUAUUUAUAGGUCAAAGGCUCAUUUAACACAUUUAUUUGAAAACCACAAACCUGUUGAUUAAAAUAGAAUAAAAUAUUUUAAUUGAGACAUUCUCACCAGUCUCCUCCUUAAUUACCCAAAACAAUCAAGAUUUUUUCUUUUUUGCCGACACUUUUCUGCCUCAUUUUUUUGUUUCUUUGUUUAUUUAUUUUGUUCUUGUAUUUGAUAACAUGUUUUUGUUGGAGUUUUAUUUUAAAACUUUUAAUGCAGAAGGAACACAUAUUGAUGCGCUAAGUAGUGAGUAUUUUAUUUGUAUUAUUUAUUUAUAUUUUAUUUUUCUCCAUGAUUGCACAGAUCCGACAGUCCCCAGUGUACUACAUGUGUUUUCACUCUUUAUUCUUUAUAUUAGUAUACUCAUCAUUGUUAUUGUCAGUUUAGGAUUUAGGAAACAUGAGUGUUUAAAAAGGGAUUUCUCUGUCUCCAGAUGUCACUAUAGAUUUUUUAAAAUUAUAUUAUUUUUCAUGUCCACUUCUCUCUCUUGUCUGCUCCCUCUUCACUGAGUUACCAUCAACAUCUACACUGAAUCUAAAUGAGGGAGCUCCAUUUUGUAGUUUUAUUUGAAUUAUUUUUCUCAUUCAUUUGCUGUUGAAGAGUUUGUUGUCAUGGAAAACGAUGUUAAAGGAUGAAAAGAACAAUAAAUAUUAAAGUGGUUCUGAAGACC